CCAAUUCCUUUCUCCUUCCUUACUAUCAAUCAAUUUUCCUCCAACACAAAUGAAAAACAGAGGUGGAGAAGACAUGGCCGCCGCUUCACUCUCUCUUCUCUUCGUCACUCUCCUCUUCCACUCCCAUGCCCCGGCCACCGCCGCCGACGUACCCAACAGGGGCGCAUUGGAGAUCAUCAUCGGCGGCGAAACUCCCUAUCCGCCGGAUUACGGCGAUUGCCCUCCACCGCCUCCUCCUCCCGAACCAAUUUGCCCACCUCCGGCCAAUUUCCAUUAUCCUCCUCCACCACAGCAUCCUCCUCCGACUCCAAGCCCGCCUCCGCCGACUCCCAAACCAUCUCCGCCUCCUCCGCCUCCCAAACCCUCUCCUCCGACUCCGGGAUUCGAGAACGAGCGAAUCGCCAAGGCCUUCAAGGUAAUACAGAGAUUCAGGAAAAAAAUCAAAUGCGAUCCGCAACGCAUUACCGAUUCCUGGCAAGGAAACGACGUCUGCAGCUACAAAGGCUUCCGAUGCGCCAUCCGCCCGGACAUCAACACGAAAGCCGUCGCCGCCGCCGAUUUCAACGGCUACGGAUUCGGCGGCAACGGAGACGACCUCCCGCUCCAAGGGUUCCUCGACGAGCUCGACGACCUCACCCUGUUCCACGCCAAUUCCAACAACUUCACCGGCAAGAUCCCGCCCAACCUCGGCUCCAAGAUCAAGUACUUCUACGAAAUCGACCUCAGCAACAACAAGUUCGCCGGCGGUUUCCCCCACGAGAUCCUCGACGCCCACAACGCCUCCUUCAUCGACCUCCGGUACAACCGAUUCUCCGGCAGCGUCCCCAGCAGGAUCUUCCAGCAGGAUCUCGACGUCCUCUUCCUCAACAACAACGGAUUCACCGGCCCGCUCCCCGAGACCGUCGGCGACACCCCGGCCCUGUACCUCACCUUCGCCAACAACCGAUUCUCCGGACAGAUUCCUAAAAGCAUCGGCAGGUGCAAGAGCCUGCUGGAGGUGUUGUUCCUCAACAAUCAGUUCUCCGGCUGCUUGCCCACCGAAAUUGGGAACCUGACCCAGGCGAGGAUAUUCGACGCUGGGGGUAACAAGCUCACCGGCCCAAUCCCCCACUCCUUCGCUUGCUUGGCGGACAUUAAAGACCUCAAUUUGGCGAGGAACCAGCUGUACGGCGCCAUUCCAGAGAGCGUCUGCCAGCUACCGAAGCUCGCCAAUCUGUCGCUUUCCUCGAAUUACUUCACCCAGGUGGGGCCCGCUUGCCGGGAUCUCAUCAAGAAGAAGGUUCUGGAUGUCCGCCACAACUGUAUUCUGGAUCUCCCGGGGCAGAGGUCGGCGGCGGAAUGCGGGAUGUUCUUCUCCAACAAGCACACUUGCCCCAACGAGAAGACGUUGAUGAGCUACGUCCCCUGUAAGAGCGGCUCCGGCGGCGGGAAGAAUUCCCACCAACAAUCGACGACGGCGGCGGCAGAGGAAUUGUCGACGGCUCCGGCGCCGUCGUUUACAUAUCAUGCUUUGAGGCCGCACAUGUUGAGAUGAGGCGGGAGCAGUAAGUGGUGUUUUUACUUUUUUGUCCUUUUACAAUUGUGUCGGUGGUGCUGGUUCAAUUGGCCAGAGACUACUUUUCCCCCUAUUUUUACUGUUUGAUUUGGGUUUAGUAGGGACUUUCCGCGUAUACAUAAAAUUGGCGGGAAUUUUCUUGCGUUUUUGUUGUUCUAGUCUUUGUGUUUUCUUCGUGAUGUACCAAUAAUCCGUUGCUAAUCCAAAUUGCAGUUCUAAGGAACUAUUUCACAUUUAUCAGAAUUUUACAGCUUUUCGUAUGAGUUGCUCAUAGUUAUAUUUCUGUCCAUUUCUCAUUCUAUAUUUCCGCUUUGAAAUUUAUAUUAUUCAUGGAAGGAUUAUAUCCGGAAAUCUAAACACAUAUGAUAUGAUUCUUUACGAUUUAGCUAGACCUAGUGUAAGAUGAAAAAGGGCAGUUAGUGAAAUUCAUUGUGGAUUACUCUGUAAUGGCGUGCAUAGUAAAUCGAUGGAGAUAUUGAUUAAACUUUGAAAGUUAAA